UCUAUUAUAUUGUUUACGUCCGCUGCGAGCGGACAUGAACAAAGAAAAAUAAAAAUAAAAUAAAACGAUCAUAACAUAACCUCUAAAAAGUUUAGAUUUUACAGUUACAAAAUUUUGAAUUGGAAAUGCUUAAAAGAACUUUGAUAUUGUGAAGUGUAUUGGUUUAUUUAUUUAUUCGAUAUGUUGGGGAAAAAUGCGAAACUAUUCUUCGGUCUGUCUGUGUGCGCUUUGAUUGUUUCUAUUGUUUUGGCGACAUGGGGAUUCCCGAAGAUCGUCAGUCGGCAGAUACAAAAGGGCAUACAACUAGACAAUUCAUCAGAAAUGUUCGAGAAAUGGCGCAAACUGCCGAUGCCUUUACAUUUCAAAGUAAAUGUCUUCAAUGUUACAAAUAUUGACGACAUCAUGGCGGGGAGGAAACCCGUGCUGAAUGAAGUUGGCCCCUUUGUGUAUAAAGAAUAUCGAGAACGGACAAUACUAGGAUAUGGGGAUAACGAUACAAUAAUAUAUACCAUGAAGAAAACAUUUAUAUACGACAAGGAAGCCUCUGGAGGUCUCAGUGAUGACCAAGAAAUUACCGUCGUCAAUUAUCCUUACAUGAAUGCAAUACUAACAGCGCACGACUUAAUGCCAGGAAUCGUAGGUCUCUUAAACACAGCUAUGGGUGCAUUUUUCUCCAGUGAGGAGGUCCCGUUCGUCUCGGUCAAAGCUAAGGACCUAUUCUUUGAUGGAAUCUACCUGAAUUGUGCUCUGAAUCAAUCUGCUUUAGCUUUAAUUUGUGGAAAGAUAAAAGCAGACACACCUCCCGUGAUGCGACCGUCCGAAGACAAAAAUGGAUUUUAUUUCUCUUUGUUCAACCAUCUAAACAACACAGACCUCGGUCCAUACAGCAUGAUUCGAGGAACAGAGAACAUUCGAGAUCUCGGAAGAAUCGUCGCUUACAAGAACCAAACCAUCAUGGCCGAAUGGAAAGACCCAUAUUGUGGCAUGAUCAACGGCUCUGAUGGUUCCAUCUACCCGCCGGUAGAUGGCGAUGAUAUUCCCGACAAGCUGUAUACCUUUGAAGCUGAGAUUUGCAGAUCAGUUUACGCAGCGUAUGUUGGUCGCCGAGAAGUGUUCAACAUGAGCGCGCUGUACUACGAAAUAGACAAGAUGGCGUUUGCCGCCAAAAGCGCUAACCCCGCCAACAAGUGCUUCUGUCAAAAGAAUUGGAGCAGUCAACACGACGGGUGCCUUAUCAUGGGUGUUAUGAACCUCAUGCCGUGUAAGGGAGCACCAGCUAUAUUGUCUUUGCCCCACUUUUAUCUUGCGUCUGAAGAACUAUUGGACUAUUUUGAUGGCGGCAUCAAACCAGAUCAGGAUAAACAUACAAGUUUUGUUUAUAUGGACCCUAAAACCGGUGUAGUAUUAAAAGGAUCUCAAAGAAUACAGUUCAACAUAGAAUUACGGAACAUUCCUGACGUGCCGCAGCUGCAGACCGUACAAACUGGACUGUUUCCACUCUUGUGGAUUGAAGAGGGUGCCAGCGUUCCCGAGGAACUACGCGGGGAACUGCAGCGGGUCCAUUCACUCCUCGACUACGUGGAAGGCGCGCGAUGGCUGCUAUUGGUCGCUUGUGCGUUCGCGUGUGUGUUCGCUGCUGUGUGUGUAGUGCGGUCUGGUGUGCGUGUGUGGCCGAGGAACAACCAUUUUGUGCUCAAUCCCACUAAUGUUAAUAAACGUUGAAUUGUU